AUGACUGGGGAAGCAGGCAUCCAGGAAAGCACGUCGAGACAAGCAUCUCGAGCUAGCUCAGAACACUUCCUGCGAGACAUCACCCACUCUAUCACUGAGAGCAUCAACCGCCGUAACUGGAACUCCUCCGUCUGGGACAACAUGAGUCCCGACUUCGUUGCUCAGUACGAAGAAUCCCGAUGGACUUCUGGCGUGACAUUACAGGAACAUCUCCACAAUCUUUAUUCCGUAACCAACAUCUUCCCCGACUCCAAGGCCAGCAUCAUAGAUCUGGAUGUGAUGAUCGACGAUUCCAACAGCCAAGCACAGGUGAACUUCAUUCUCGAAAUCAAGAACACCCCGGUCGGCGGACCGCAUGUUCAGUAUCUCUAUGUUAUGGAGUGGAAGAAGUAUGGAGAUGAGUGGAAGUGUACCAGGCACCGGGGUAUGGCGGGUAUGGCUGGGCCGAGUAUGGUUGGUAGUACGGUAUCGGGAUAUUUAUGA